CCUUCCCAUUUGUUGAGUCCUGGAAGCUUCGAGUCGCGUGGAGCCGGUCCUUCCCUCUUCCGGCCUUUGUCUUCUUUCAAGAUGUUCGGCCAGCAGGUUCUCGUCCUCAACCAGAACGUCAAGAGAGAAUCGGGGCGUAAAGUCCAGACAGGAAACAUCAACGCGGCCAAGACCAUCGCCGAUGUCAUCAGGACGUGUCUGGGCCCGCGGGCCAUGAUGAAAAUGCUGCUGGAUCCCACCGGGGGAAUCGUCAUGACCAACGACGGAAACGCCAUCCUGCGAGAGAUCCAGGUGCAGCAUCCCGCGGCGAAAUCCAUGAUUGAGAUCAGCCGCACGCAGGAUGAAGAAGUGGGAGACGGAACCACAUCCGUCAUCAUCUUGGCCGGCGAGAUGCUGUCGGUGGCCGAGCAGUUCCUGGAGCAGCAGAUGCAUCCCACCGUCGUCAUCGGCGCUUACAGGCGAGCCUUGGACGACAUGUUGGAAACGUUGAAGGAGAUCAGCGUCCCCGUCGACACGGCGGAUCGCGCCUCCAUGCUGAAGAUCGUACACUCGGCCAUCAACACCAAAGCUCUGAGCCGCUGGUCGGAGCUGGCGUGCGGCAUGGCGCUGGACGCCGUGCUCACCGUGGAGAUGGAGGACAACGGCCGCAAGGAGAUCGACAUCAAGAAGUACGCCAAAGUGGAGAAGGUUCCCGGCGGCAUCAUUGAAGACUCGUGCGUGCUGAGAGGCGUGAUGGUCAACAAGGACGUGACGCACCCGCGCAUGCGCCGCCUCAUCAAGGAGCCGCGCAUCGUCCUGCUCGACUGCUCGCUGGAGUACAAGAAGGGCGAGAGCCAGACCGACAUCGAGAUCAGCAAGGAGGAGGACUUUGCCAGGAUCCUGCAGAUGGAGGAGGAGCAUAUCCAGCAGAUGUGCGAGGACGUCAUCAGAGUCAAGCCCGACCUCGUCUUCACCGAGAAAGGAAUCUCAGACCUGGCUCAGCACUACCUGAUGAAGGCCAACAUCAGCGCCGUGCGCCGCGUCCGCAAGACGGACAACAACCGCAUCGCCAGGGCGUGCGGCGCGCGCAUCGUCAGCCGCACCGACGAGCUGCGCGAGGACGACGUGGGCGUGGGGGCGGGGCUCUUUGAGGUCAAGAAGAUCGGCGACGAGUACUUCACCUUCAUCACCGAGUGCAAGGAGCCCAAAGCCUGCACUAUCUUGCUCAGGGGAGCCAGCAAGGAGAUCCUGGCGGAGGUGGAGCGCAACCUUCAGGACGCCAUGCAGGUUUGCCGCAACGUGAUGCUGGAGCCUUCGCUGCUGCCCGGAGGGGGCGCCGUGGAGAUGGCCGUGUCCAAGCGCUUGAUGGAGCGCUCGCGCGCGCUGGUGGGCGUGGAGCAGUGGCCCUACCGGGCCGUGGCGCAGGCCCUGGAGGUCAUCCCGCGCACGCUCAUCCAAAACUGCGGCGCCUCCACCAUCCGUGUGCUCACCUCGCUCAGGGCCAAGCACACGGCGCAGGACGGCGCCUCGUGGGGCGUGGACGGCGAGACGGGUUCUCUGCGCGACAUGGCGGCCGCCGGCAUCUGCGAGCCCCUGGCCGUCAAGGCGCAGACGUACAAGACGGCCGUGGAGACGGCCAUCUUGUUGCUGCGCAUCGAUGACAUCGUGUCUGGUCACAAGAAGAAAGACAAGGAGCAGGCCACCGGAGGACCCGGCGCCGAGUAAAUUCCGCUGGCCACUCUAUGAAUAAAGUUCCAAAUCAAA